CUACUGAUAAAAUCUAACACAGUUAACUGGCAGACAGAAAGUCUUUAGCACAUCUGGAAUGACAUGUCGCGAGUUUAUUAGACGGAAUGUUCGCUGCGUCAGUCGUGUUUUAAAUGCGCUCAUGCUACGUUAAACUGUUAGCCUCCUAGCCAGCUCUCCAGCUGCUGUUGGUCUGAAAAUCCGGUCUAAAAGCCAAGAUUAUGUUUGUCGGUGUGUUUUUGUUAUGCUUUUACUUGUUUUGAGUAACCUGAGCAAUAUGGAAUCUGAGGGAAUCGUCAUCCGGAUAAAGACGCCGGUGGGGGACAUGGACUCGCCAGUGGACAGUCCAUCACAUCUCAACUUCAAUGAUUUGCUGGCCGCGAUCAGAGAUGCCAUGCCUGAAGCCACAGUCACAGCAUUUGAGUAUGAGGAUGAAGUUGGUGACCGAAUCACAGUUCGCAGUGAUGACGAGCUCAAAGCCAUGCUGUCCUAUUACUGCAAUACAGUGAUGGAGCAACGCUUCAAUGGACUGUUACCUGAGCCUUUACAGAUAUUUCCACGAGCCGGUAAGACCCCAGGGAUCCGCAACAUUCACGGCCUGAAGGUGAACACGCGGCCCGAAUCCUCGAGUGGCAGGAGCUCCUCUGCAGCUGAUUCCCGCUCCAGCGAUAG